AGGCGGCCCCAUCAACCUCUCAUAUAUUGAAUACCAUGCCUCAUCGUGGAGAUUUACGAUAACAAGCAGGAAUUGCAACCGAUGGAUGGAUGCGGCGGUAACGGCGGGAGUAGUAAUCAAUCUCGCACGGAAAAAGAAUGAUAAUCGAAACGAAAAUAUAAUCAGAACGUUACAAGAAGCGGAUUUAAUGUGGUUUCCUUGCUCAGUGUGAACAAGACUAGUCCACGGCAGGAAACAGAGCUCGUAUAUUUCUCUUGUGUUCUCAACGUACAACAUACACACUAUUUAUACUACAAUAGCCGAAAACCCUAGGAGAAGAACAGAGUUCGGGUUUGGCUACGUAGAAGCCCAGCUACGUGCAUAUAUGGGCUGAACUGAAACUAGGUCUGUCGGUUCCGUUCGGGUCAGGUAACCGAACCCAAAACACACGAAAAACCGAAAACCCAAACCCGAGCCACACAACCCGAAACCGAACCCAAAACUGUAAUUUGUGGGUUUCGGGUACUGGAACCCGAAAUUCAUGCUGGCGGGUUUGGUUUGGUUCGGGUGAACCCGAAACCGAACAAUUUCGAGUUUUUUUAUUUUUAUUUUUACUUUUGUGAUUUGAAUUUAGGGUGAACCCGAAACCGAACAGUUUUGAGUUUUUUUUUUAAGUCUGAAACCCACUAGUCUUAACAGGGGCAAAGUUCAGAUGGAUCAUGAUGGAGGUUUAAAGUGAAUCGAGGUUUGUCUGUAGUAGCAGCAGCAGCAGCAGAAGCAAUUUAGGGAGAAGGAAAUGUGUAGGGAGCUUUUAUUUAAAAAAAAAAAAAACUUUUCAUUUUCUUGUUUUGUGAUUAGUGUGCGCCUGUAACUUGAGGGGUACAAAAGAAUGGGAUAUGGGAUUUACUAUCUCAUAAGUCAUAAUUAAUUGUCUUUCUAAAAGGCAAAAUACACUUGUAUAUUCAAAACUUUGACGGUUUGACCAAAUAUAGCCACUUUUGAUGAAAUACCAAAAAUAGCCACUUCCGUCCAAUUCUUUGACGGUGUCAAGUAACGGACUGACUGGACUAACGGCAUUGCUGAGUUGGCGAGCGUUAAUUCAAUUAAGAAUGUGAGGUGGAAAAUAAAAAUAAAUAAAAUAAAUAUUUUCAUUUUCAUUUUUCUCUCUCCCAUCUCUCUUCUUCCCCAUCCCUUCCCCUGUUCCCUAGUCGAAACUCUCGUUUUAAUCAAACCCAGAUCUAGGCGGCGACACAAAAAUAGUAGCAACAACGAGCUGGGCAUCGAGUGAUACAUAGGCUCGGCGACGACCACAGAUUUUCAGAAGGCGGUGGCACGAGUCGAAGGUGAUGGGAUGCCUCUGUUCUGAUAAUGGUGCCGCUUUGGUUGAUGUAGAGAACUGUAUGAAUAGACGGAUUUUUGGAUUGGAAUGGUGAUGGAGGAUUGUUGCUGGGAAUCUGCAUGUCAACAACCCAAUCUUCUCCUCUUCAUCUUCAAAAUCCAAACCCGCCGCCAUUGCAAGAUCUUGAAGCUAGCAACAGAAUUCAGCGAUAGGGAGGAUUUUUAAAUUGGGGUUUUUUUGUUCGAUUGAGUUCGUGAUUUGGGGAAUUUUGAAGAAGAGGAGAUGAAGUUGGGAAGAAGAAGAGAAGGCAACGGAGCCGGAGUUUCACGCCCUCGUCCACAACAUCCUGAUCAAAGCAUGCCUCGACGACAACGACGAGUCACGGAAGCUCGUCUUGUUGUACUAUGAAUCUCCGCAUAUCUCCGACGGUCGAAUCUCCUGGCGACGGCAGCGACUUCUCCCUCCGUCCAGCUCGACCGAACCCAUUUCCAUCGGAGAAGUGGUGAGAUGUUGUACAAGAGGAGAUGAACCGACGCGGCGCCGAAUUCGAUGGCGGCAAUAGGUUUACCCGGGGAGGUGAUGGCCUCAGAAUCGGAGAGGCAGGCAAGAGGUUCAAGAUCUGGAGGAUUGGUGGUGGGUUGUUGGGGGAGAAGAAGAGGGGUCUUGGAAGCCGAUUAAUGGUGAUUGACGAUGGGAGGAGGGGCGGUGAGUUGCUGGAGGAGAAGAAGAGAGUUCGAGGAGAUUAGGGAUAGGUGGGUUUUUUUUUUGUAAAUGAUGUGGCAUCCACCUGUCAAUGAAUACUGAGGUGGAAACGAAAGUGAGGGUGAGCUGGCAGCCAGAUCAGUGUUUCGUUUGUUUGACUAACGGUGUCACUGACGCCGUUAAAUUAUGUAACGGAAAUGGCUAUUAUUGUCAUCAAACUUUCUAAAUUUUGGCUAUUAUUGGUAUUUUUCCAAAAGUUGCUAUUAUUGUCACAAACGUCAAAAUUUUGGCUAUACAGAUGCAUUUUGCCUUAAUAAAAAUACAUAACUUGC